AUGGGGCAGAUGAUACCAGACCUGACACCUGCCGGGCUAAAGGGGCUCAAGAGAAAUGGCGUAUCUAACAAGCCACAACACAGCCAGGCCUUCACCGACAAGGUCAUCGCAGCCACCGGGCCAGAAGCUCAUCCGCGGCUGGCCGAAAUAAUGCCGAGCCUGAUACGCCAUCUCCACGGAUUCGCCCGCGAAGUGAACCUGACGGUUGCAGAGUGGAUGACCGCCGUUGAAUUUAUCAACGAGUGCGGUAAGAUAUCCAACGAUCGGCGCAACGAAACCCAACUCCUGUGCGACAUUGUAGGACUUGAAAGCCUUGUUGACGAAAUCACGUCCAAGAUGCUGGCGACCUCUAGCUUGGAGACUCCCUCGGCCAUCCUCGGCCCAUUCUAUCGGCACGAUUCACCCCUGUUGCCGAACGGCAGUUCCAUCAUUCAGAAGCUCGACCCAUCAGACUCGUGGUAUGAGCAAGCCAUGGCGGACUCGGCCUAUAUUACAGGCCGAGUCUUGUCGAGCUCGGGUGCCCCAAUUCAGGGGGCAAUCGUGGAGGUUUGGCAGUCGGCGCCCAACGGUUUAUAUGAGCAGCAAGACGAGUCGCAACCAGAAAUGAAUCUCCGCGGUCGUUUCGCGACAGAUGCUGAUGGCCACUAUGCCUUUUAUGCGCUUCGGCCGGUCCCAUAUCCGAUUCCAGACGACGGUCCCGCCGGAAGGUUUUUGCGCCUGUUAGACCGACAUCCAUAUCGGCCGGGCCACAUCCACUUUAUUGUAUCGGCACACGGCUUUCGGGCCUUGACGACGCAGUUAUAUGACGAUCGGGAUGAGUACAUUGCAAAAGAUGCUGUAUUCGCUGUCAAAGACGAACUGGUAGUCAAAUUCGUACCGAGGGAUGGGGACAGGACUGCGCGUUGGACACUUGAGUACGAUUUUGUCCUUGGUCGAGAGUGA